CGCUAAAGAAAAAAGAACAUCUUUGGACCGGUGCAGUAAAUAGCUAACAGUUUGUAAACCAUAGAAAAUUUACUCUACAAUCAAGUUACAAGUUCAACUCCUCAUCAAUCACAACAUUUCUUAUAGUUAAGUAUUACAGCUUUUUGUAAGUUCUAUCCGCAUUUGAGCCUUUGUCCUACACUUGUCGAAAUGUCGCACACCAUUUUGUUGGUGCAACCGGGACAGCACCCAGAAACGCGCACCUACAGCGACUACGAAAGCGUUAACGAAUGCAUGGAAGGAGUGUGCAAGAUUUACGAGGAACAACUGAAGCGACGCAAUCCAAACACUCCGACCAUAACCUACGACAUCAGCCAACUUUUCGAUUUCGUCGACCAGCUCAUCGACCUUAGCUGUCUCGUGUAUCAAAAAUCGACAAACACCUACGCACCAUAUAAUAAGGAAUGGAUUAAGGAGAAAAUCUACGUUCUUUUGCGCCAGGCUGCGGGUACUACCGCGUAAUGGUGGAUCUUGUAACAAUAACAGUUAAAUUUCAUUCGUCUUAGAGU